UCGAAAGAUAUUAUGUUCUCCCUACUUUCUCGCAGAGCUUCGACAUCGGUACUUUGGUCUCGUCCGUUACACUCCAGUGCAUGGCGUUCCUCGGCCGCGGCAACAUCCUUACCACUACCGACAGGACUGGAUGACGGUGAAAAAGCAAUAUUCCAGAAGCUGACAGAGCGGUUCAAUCCUUCUGAGUUGCUCGUGCAAGAUGUUUCUGGCGGUUGCGGAUCGUUCUACGCGAUCCAAAUAAAGAGUGAAGCGUUCAAAGGCAUACCUAUGAUAAAGCAACAUAGGAUGGUGAACGACACUUUGAAGAAGGAGAUUGAGGGGAUACAUGGGCUGCAGCUAAAAACCAUACCCCAAUGACCGACAGACCUUCGAUUAGACACCCGCUAGACCUACACUAUUUGUACGAUUUGUUCCCCAUGGAUUCUCAACUACUACGUGAUACUGUGAGUUUCUGUUCUUGUUUCAGAGUCUCGUCCGCUUCUCGCACCUGGGAAUGCUACGGCGAACACAGCGACUACGUAGCGUUUCAACAGCGUUGUGCCAAGCAUUGAGAGAAGACCUUUGUGGAAUUUUCGAGUGCCGUUAAAGUCUCCUUCUCUAUGUGUGGUGUUAUAAAUGGGUGCGCUAGUACUCUAGACUCCGUCCGGAAAGCUGGUGGUCUUUAUGCCCUAUACCUGAUGCCGACAGACUAUGUUAGCUCACCUCUACGUCGUCUGCGAUAGGCGCAACGCCGUACUUUUCUAUGUUGACGAAGCUACUGGAUGUUGUGCACCAUCUUUGGACGGCCAUUCCCGUCUGCUUCUGCUUUGUAACAUUCAACAGUACA